AUGUUUCUAGACAUUCAUAUUCUGCGUUUGCAGGGUGUUAUUGGUUUCACAUUGUCACGAGGCAAAGCAGUAAUAGAGGGUGUAAGAGCAAGGCCACAUGUUUGCCAAUUAUCACAGCUCGAUCAAGAAACGAUCGAGCCAGCAUCCUUGGAAGCGCCUCCUGGCGACAGCUCGGAACCAGCCGCUAAAGGUACACCGACGGAUACAAGUCUACUCGGUAAGUUGCAGAACAUGCUGUUCCCGGCAUCCGUAACAGGAGCACCGUAUAAGGACUAUAUCCCUUUAAAUUUUGUUGGCGGUCAAUAUUCAACUUCG